AUGGGCAUCGAGCUCAUGGCCGACAACAAGCUCUCGGAUGACCAGGUCGCCGACCUGCUGACCACGCUGCGCGGCGAUUCCUCCCUCGACGCCAAGGUUCAGUUCGUCACCGUCGUCAAGUCGGCCAUCAAGCAGCACAACGUCCCCGACACGAGCGCCGCCCAGCUCUUCGACGGCCUUCGCUCCGCCUCGUCGUCGCCCCAUCCCGCCCUCGCCAACGCCGGCUUCACCGCCCUCAACCACCUCCUCACCCGCCUCUCCCGCCAGGACCCCAAGCUGCUCGCCAAGGAGGCGCCCCGCACCCUGCCCGUCGUCGUCGACAAGCUCGGCGACCAAAAGGACAAGUUUCGCGCCCUCGCCGGCCAGGCCCUCGGCACCCUCUACGCCGUCGCCCCCCAGGAUGUCGAGCGUGCCAUCAGGAACUCGGCCAUGACGGGCAAGAACCCGCGGGCCAAGGAAGCCGGCAUGCACUGGCUGCUGCAGAUGCACAAGGAGCAGGGCCUGCAGUUCCGGAGCUACGUCCCGGCCCUCAUGGAGCUUCUCGAAGACGCCGACGGCAUGGUCCGGGACGUGGCCAAGAGCACCGUCAUCGAGCUGUUCAGCACCGCCCCGAACGCCGCCAAGUCGGAUCUCAAGAGACAGCUCAAGAACUUCAAAGUCCGCCCCGCCAUCGAACAGUCCAUCGUCAAGGCCCUCGUCCCCACCGCUACCGCCGCCGGCCCGACCGACACGGCAGGCGCCGAUGCGCCUCUCGCGAGCCGCCCUCACCUAUCCACCAGCGUCUCCUCCUUGACCGACCGUCCGACCACGCCCAUGGUCGAGACGCCAGCCGAGCCGAUCGAGCCAAUGUACGUCAACACCCACCGCGAGCUCGAGGACGUCUUCCGCGGCAUGGCCUCCUACUUCGAAGGCAAGGAGACGGAACAGAACUGGUUGAAGCGAGAGCAGAGCAUGGCCACCCUGCGCAAGCUGAAUGCGGGCAACGCCUCGACCGACUUUGCCGAUACCUUCGUUGCCGGCUUGCGUGGCAUGCUCGACGGCAUCAUCAAGGCCAUGACCUCGUUGCGAACGAGCUUGUCCAAGGAGGGCUGCGGCCUCGUCCAGGAUGUCGCCGCCACCCUCGGUCCCGCCAUCGACCCCAUGGUCGAGCUGCUCCUCCAGACCCUCGUCAAGCUCUCGGCCGGCACGAAGAAGAUAAGCUCGCAGCAGGCAAACGUCACCGUCGACACCAUCGUCAGCCGCGUCACCUACAACACCCGAGUGAUGCAGCACAUCUGGCUCGCCAGCCAGGACAAGAACGUAGCCCCGAGGACCUACGCCACCGGCUGGCUCAAGACGAUGCUGAAGAAGGAGGCCCAUCACAAGAGCCAUGUCGAGCACACCGGCGGCGUUGACCUGAUGGAAAAGUGCAUCAAGAAAGGUCUCGGCGAUGUCAACCCUGGCGUGAGAGAAAAGAUGAGACCGACCUAUUGGGCAUUCUGGGGCCUCUGGCCAGCGAGGGCCGAUGCCAUCAUGGCCGACCUCGACUUGACCGCCCAGAAGCUCCUGAACAAGGACCCCAACAAUCCCAACUCCCCGAAAAGGACGGCUCCCGCGGCACCUAGACCCGGUCUCGGUUUCUCCAAGAGCACCACCGCAGCCGGCAAGCCCAGCCUCCGUGAAACCAUGAUGGCCCAGAAGAAGGCAACCGCCAUGGCCUCGAGGAACCUUCCUCUUCGCCCCGGUUCCGCCAUGGCUCACCUCUCCCCUGUCCGAUCGACGACAAGCUCCUCCACCACUUCCUCUAGCCACUCCAGCACUUCGGCCGCAAAGCCACUCGGAACGAGAGCUCGUCCCGAGCCUACAAUUUCCGUCAACGCCGGAGGCAUGUCCGUCGCUCCCAUGCGGCCUGCCCGGCGACGACCCGAGAUGGCGGCCCGCCCCGCCACCGCUGGUCCCUACUCUGCUCGCGACCACCCGGGUGCUGCCGAGGUCCACAGCCCCGAGAGCAUCAAGUCGACGACCGUCACGCCAAAGGCCAAGGAGACGACGCCCAGGAGGACGGCCCCGCGGCCCCGACCAGGCCAUCCUUCCCACGACAGCGACUCCAAGGUCAUGUCGCCGGCGGCGAGCGCGUUGGCCAGAGCUGAUUCACCGAGUGGAAGUCCUGCCAGAUUCAAGCAGUCCCAAUCGGCUAUGCCAUCGUCCAGUCCAUCUAGAAACGAGGACAUUACACUCCUUGUCCCGCAGAUAUCCAGUUUGAGGUCACCUUCGCCGAAGCCGGCAAGCCCGCCAAAGAUGCCCGUGGACGUGCCAACAUCACCGGUACCCGUCCCGUCAGAGGUCAAGGCGGACUCGCCUUCUCGCCCGCUCAAGGUAUUCGAGGACCCCUUCACGGAAGAUCAGCCGACGCCCAAGCCAACGUUUGCCGUGCCCGUCUUGGAGGACAAACCCGUCAACGAGGACGCUGCGCACCUGCAAAAGGCCAACGGCCAGGAGCAGAGUCUCGACCAGAUGGAUUCCCCAGAGAAAACCCGGCAGAACUCGCGCUUGCUCGACAGCGGAAUUGCCAAAAUCAAGACCAAGACGCUCGAGGUCCAUGGAUUCCGGAAGCUCCAGUCCCUCAUUCGCGACAGCAGGACCGUCUUCGCCGAUGACAAGUUUGACGCGUUUUUAAUCGGCCUCUUCCGCUUCCUCGAGGAUCCACUGCCCAGCUUGACGGCCGACAAGGCGCAGGAUCUCAAGGCCCAGAUUCUCACCACCAUCAAGCUUCUCCUCAAGAGGGAGCGCGAGAACUUUCAGCCCCACGUCUCCAGGGGCCUCGAGUCUCUCCUCCAAACGCGCAGCGCCUACGACACACGCGCGCACGUCGUCAGCGGCCUUGAGCUCCUUGCCGAUGAGCUCAUCACCAUUGCUGACGGCACCGAGACCGUCGUUGUUCUCACUCGCCAACUGCAGGCCUGUGACGACAACGCUGUCGAGGGCUGCCGCACUCUCAGCAUGGGCCUCCAUGUUCUCAAGGAGAUGCUCGACAAGCGCGCCGACUUCGCCCCAGCCGACGGCGAGCUAGCCCAGCUCACCGCCCUCGCCUCCCGUUGCCUCGAGUCGGCUGACUCGGGCGUUCGAAUGGAUGCUGUCAAGUUUUGCGUCUCCCUGCACGAUCGUGUCGGCGAGGCGAGCUUUUGGGAUGCCCUCCGCGACGUCAAGGAGGACCCCAAAAGCCUGAUUACGUAUUAUAUUGUCAAGAAGCAGCGCGAGCAGCCCAGCAGCAGCACGCCCGUCCUGAAUCCCCCGACGACUUCGUGA